AUGUACGAAGGUACUGGAGAUCCCGACAAUCAUAUUGCUCAGUACAAGCAACCCAUGCUAGCAGUAGCAAUCCCUCGGGAUGCAAGGGAAGCUACCAUGUGCAAAGGAUUCGGAUCGACCUUGACCGGCCCUGCUCUUCAGUGGUAUAUCAACCUGCCCACAAAAUCCAUCAAAUCCUUUGCAGCCCUCAGCGAUAAGUUCGUGGAGCAGUUCGCUAGCAGCCGUGACCUAGAGAAGAACUCAGAUGAUCUCUAUGAGAUCCUCCAGCAUAGGAAUGAGCCCCUUCGUUCUUACAUAGCUCACUUCAACCAAGUGAAGGUAGCUAUUCCUGAGUGCAAUGCUGAUACAGCUAUCUCAGCCUUCAAGAGGGGUCUACUUCCAGAGGGAGAGCUUUACAAGGAGCUGAUCAAAUACAAGUGCAGGAUUAUGGAAGACGUGCUGUCUCGUGCUUGGGCUCAAGUAAGAUGGGAAGAAGAUGUCGCUAGUAGGGCUAAAGCCGGUCUGAAGUAUGAUCAGAAGUCAUCAAAGCCUACAAGAAGUGACCGCGACGAGCCUUCUCACUCUAAGUCCUCUAAGGAGACUAGUAACCCGAGUAGGGGCAGGUAUCAGCAUCGACCUUUGCCUAGAUCCGAAGGGAUGAUGGUGUCUACUUGGCCUGACAUCUCCCAUCUUGCGAUAUCCAAACCGGAGUUGAUCGGUGUCUUACGACAAAUGGGUCCUCAAGUCAGGUGGCCUCCUAAAAUGAAGGCCGCGGAAGCUAAUCGAAAUCCUAAGGGAUGGUGCGAGUUCCAUAGUGAUCAUGGUCAUACUACGGAGAACUGCAUGGCCCUAAAGAUGGAAGUCGCCGAGCUCCUCAAGAAAGGCUACCUACGGGAGUUCCUCUCGGAUAAAGCCAAGAACCUCCUAAAUAAAGAAGGUCCCGGUCUCCCUAUCGAGGCAGCUCCCGCAUUGCCACCACAGCAAGACCGGGUGAUCCACGUCAUCACAGGCGGAUCAGAGGUGAUCCACAGCAAGAAAAGUACUCGCAAUGCCAGGAACGGCCAAGAGGCCGAGGGUCCCGAGCACCUACUCCUUGGAACAGAUGAGAUCAGUUUCACUGCAAGGGAGCAGGAGAAGGUCCUCACCCCUCAUCAUGACGCUGUCGCCAUUUCACUUACCAUAGCAAACUGCUUGGUCAAGCGGAUACUAGUAGAUAAUGGGAGCUCCAGCAACAUAAUCUUCUAUUCUGCCUUCGCCGACCUAGGUUUGGAACCUACAGCUCUAACCAGAAAGGCAACUCCCCUCGUAGGCUUCAGUGGAGAAGUCAAAAAAACCUUCGGAGAGGUCCUUCUUCCCGUGUAUGCCGAAGGGGUAAACCAAGCUACGAAGUUCCUGGUCGUCGACUGCCCCUCAUCAUACAACGUGAUAUUAGGAAGGCCUUGGAUCCAUGACAUGGGAGCCGGACCUUCGACGUUGCACCAUCUGGUCAAGUUCCCAACCCCUUGGGGCAUCAGAGCGGUCAAGGGGAAUCAAGAGAAUGCUAGGUCUUGA